AUGGAGUGUUGCAGAUGUUGGCUACCAGCUGUGGCUUUGCUGCUUUGUGUGAGGGAGGUGAAGACGGAUCAUCUCCAAGCUGAGAACCUCAAUCUUCUACCCUCAGAGGAGCAUAACAAAGUCCUGAACCAUGGAAUGACAGCAGUGCUGCCUAGAGACUGUUCUGAAAUGCUGAUGGUGUCGUCUGGCCAGGCCCGAGAUGGAGUGUACCUGAUUCAGCCUGGUGACUCUCCCAUUGUGGCCUACUGUGCUAUGCAGGAUGGAGGCUGGACCGUGGUCCAGCACAUCACUGUCAACAGCAGCGUGGAUUUCGAUCGCACCUGGGCUGAGUAUAAGAAUGGCUUUGGGGAAGUCUCAGGGGAUCACUGGCUUGGGAAUGAAUACAUUCACCAGCUUACCCGAGGCCCUGUUCGCUACAAACUGGGUGUUAAACUUGUAGACCGAGAUGCAAUCACCAAAGUGGGGGAGUAUGAUCCAUUCAUGGUGGAAGAUGAAUCAACAUCAUACAGGCUUCGGCUGGGGUUGUUCCAAGGCACAGCUGUGGAUGCUUUGACCCUGGACACAGAGAACUACCUGCAUGAUAACCAGAAGUUUACCACCAAAGACAGAGACAAUGACAACUACUUCCAAAACUGUGCAAAAUUGGAAUUUCACGGAGUGCCAGGAGGAGGAUGGUGGUAUGACGCCUGCGCUGGUGCCAAUUUAAAUCGGAGGAAUGUCAUUUACUGGCAAAAGGACUGCAACAAGGAGCGUCUGUGCAAAUAUGCAUGGAUGAUGGUUAGACCCUCUGACACAGUUAAAGUGAUUCACAGCGGAACGUGUAAGAAGGACGAGUUAUGA